AAAGGUUGCUAAACCGUUUGCCUACUUCCGCUUGACAAAGGAGGUCGUGUUGACAUUUAAUGGGGCGAACUUGAACGUUGGAAGAAGUUGGGACAAAGUUUCUCUAUAAUGCCAGGUGUAUAGCUAGUUAAACACAACAAUGGUCCACGUUGCUUUGUGGCGCACUUGCCGUAGAGUGACACCGAAGGUGCUUUCAUCUUACACUUUAUCAAACAAUGGGUACUCCUCCAUAUCAGAUGUCUACAGUGGAAGGACAUGUCGGUGCGUUCACGUGGCUAAUACAACGCGUAAUUUGAGCUCUCAACCACACAACUCGAAGGUGCCAGCAGCUCCAACCUGGCAAGCAAUUCCAGAGGAGCAGCUUCCACCGCCGACGCGAGUACCAGCCGACCUGGUGGACAAACUUGAGCGUCUGGCCUUGGUUGACUUUCGUACCAAAGAGGGACUGGCCUGUUUGGAGAAAGCCAUCCGAUUUGCAGAUCAGCUUCAUGUUGUCGACACCUCAGGAGUUGAGCCAAUGGAUUCAGUUCUGGAAGACAGGGUUUUAUACCUGAGGGAUGAUGUAGUGAUGGAAGGCAACCAUGCAGAAGAACUCAUGCAGCUCUCCAAAAACACAGUGGAGGACUAUUACAUGGCACCACCAGGAAAUAUUCCAUUACCACAGAGGGAAGAACGGUCCGCCCUGUUGAAACACUCUGAAUUCUGACAUCUUGGACUUUUAUUCCAUUUCAAAAGCUUAUCCUGUUCAAGGUCAUGGUUGAGCUGAAGCCUAUGCCAGCUCACUUUGGGUGAGAGGCAGGGUGGACCUUGGACUGAUCACCAGUCAGUCACAGAUACAGUAAUCCCUCAUUUAUCACAGUUAAUUGGUUCCUGACUCGACCUUGAUAAUUGAAUUUCUGCGAAGUAGGAUGUUUUUAACAUUAUUAGAGCCCUCUAGACAUGAAAUAACACCCCUAAAGUCACCUUUACACCCAUAAUACCCAAUACAGUAGACAUAAGAGUAAAUAACCCAUUUAAGACAUGAGACUUGUGCUUGUAUGUCUUUCUAUAAAUGUGUUCCCUAGGGGAGCAGAGUGAGUGGCAGACAGGAAUUGUCGUCGGGGUUUCAGCGUUGAGUUUCAGCUUGCUGUGGAAUACGGCCACAACAGUAGCCAGUGUUUUUAUUGGGGAUUUUUAUUAGGCAUUGCUGUGCCUGCUGUGAGAUUAUUUAAACCUGCAAUGAAAGCCUGUUGUUCAGGUGUCAUGCCAAAGUAGGUAUCCCCGAUAGAAAGUGUAUCCCCCGUGGGACCGUGCAGAACUGUGGGAGGGCGGAGCUGAGUUUCCUUGUUUAGAUAUUAUCUUAGCUUCUAAAAAAAAAAGUGGAUUGUAAUCAUGCCGUGAUUGUUCAAGAUGUUUGGUAUUGUAAUAAGUGACAUUUGUACCAAAAUAAAUGCUUUUGAUUUUGCACAUUA